AGAGCAGAUCUCAGCUGGCAGACAUUUAAAUGGGAGACAGCUCGGCGCUGCUGCAAUUUGUAGGCAGGAUCCGAGACUCUCUCUCUCUAUGGACUCCCGGGCAGCUCCGGGCUCCCUCGCCACCCGAUCCGCCGAGUGACCCGGCGGGCAGAGCCCCGCAGAGCCCCAGGCCCCGCCGAAAAGCCGCCGCCGCCGAGCCGAGCUCCGCCGAGGAGCCGCCGCCGCGCAGGAUGGUCCGCACACUGUAUGCCAUCGGUGCCUUGUUUCUUCUGAUGGGAUUUCUGCUACCAACAGCCGAAGGGAGAAAGAGGAAUCGUGGAUCUCAAGGUGCUAUCCCUCCUCCUGUCAAGGAUCAGCCCAAUGAUUCAGAGCAAAUGCAGACACAGCAGCAGUCGGGCUCCAGGCAUCGAGAGCGAGGAAAAGGCACCUCCAUGCCRGCUGAAGAGGUGCUGGAGUCCAGUCAGGAGGCGUUGCACAUCACUGAGCGCAAGUACUUGAAGCGGGAUUGGUGUAAAACUCAACCCCUCAAACAAACUAUCCAUGAAGAAGGCUGCAACAGUCGUACCAUUAUCAACAGGUUCUGCUAUGGCCAGUGCAAUUCCUUCUACAUCCCCAGGCAUGUCCGUAAAGAAGAAGGCUCCUUCCAGUCUUGCUCCUUCUGCAAGCCCAAGAAAUUCACCACCAUGACUGUUACACUCAAUUGCCCUGAGCUUCAGCCCCCAAGAAAGAAGAAAAGAAUCACCCGAGUUAAGGAGUGCCGGUGUAUAUCCAUUGACUUGGACUAAACUGAGAAAAAAUAGCAAUUGCACUCUGACUGAAUGCCAUCACUGCCAGUGUGAGAGUGAGUGGCAUGAACUAGCAUACCUUCAAGGCUGGGUAAAAUUGAAAGGGACCUAGUGUAUUACCUAAGGCAAGUUAAACCCCCCAAAAAGAAAGAAAAAAUUCAUGGAAGGAAAGUGCAUGCGUGUGUGUGUAAGGGAGAAAAUGGAUAUGGACAAGCAAAUACACGUUCACUACAACAACAAAAAAAUUAACAGGGGUGUGAAACAUUGAAAAUACCUUACUUACCGACAGUCAUGAAUUAGGUUUCCUAGUGCAUAUUCACAUUUUUGCUGCUUGCUGGGAAAGUGGAGCUGUGGCUUUUGCGAAUGCUCACCUUUUGCUAUUUGCUUUUACUGUACUACGUGAAACAUCAAAGUGAGAGGACAAUAUAUUUCAAAGCAUGAAUCUAUUCUUAUAUAAGAAAUAGACAAAGAGCAAUGUAAAGUGUAGCAAAGCCAUCACUGAAAAUAGAAGCCGUGUCAAGAGUUUGUAACUCUCUUCUUCAAAAAAAUAGCUGUAAUCCAAAAGCCAUGCCUGGAGAACAAUGGGGGGAUGUGGGAGUGUUGAAAAGUCAAUAUAGGUGGAUGGGAAACAGAUCUACAGCAGCUUAGAAAGCAAAAGGGCAAAGCAAGUAGACAGGGAGAAUACAAAAGAGAGUAGGAAAAGGAAAGAUGCAGAAAUAGGAGGACACAGAGGAAGAGAUAUUGUCUUCUGUUUAUGUUUUGCUUUAAUUUAUAUACCUAGUCAUAUAUUACAUAAAUUAAAAAGAAACUAUAUACAAGGCUCUAAAUAUACUUCCGAAUUCUAAUGGCUCUCCAAACCAAACAAAACCCAUUCUUGUGCCACUAGAUCCAUUUGAUGUCUCGUAUUUCUGUUAUCAGUUACUCUUCAUAUCUACAUAUAUAUGUAUAUGCAGUUUCGUUUAGGCAGUGGUAUCUAUACAUACAUGCAGUGAGUAUGCCUACUUCAUUGUGUGUAUCCAAACUCCUUGUGUUUUUCACACACAUACAUAACCACAGUGCAAAAAUCUUGCUAACCAAGAUCAAGUACAGAAUGGCAGUAAUUUAGUACAUAAAGAGCAGAGAAAAAAUUAAAACAAGCAUCAUGUGACUGCAAAUGCAAUAACCACACAAGAGACAAAAGACACGACAUUCAUGACUAGUAAACAUUGAAUUGUUAUUGUUAUUUUAGCUUUGCCACAGGCAUGCAGUUUGUUGAAACAGAGAUGCAGAACUUUGCCAGCAGUGAUCCUCUUUUUAUAUCUUUUACCACAGACUUGCAUUUAAACUGGAUUUGGAGUAAGUAAAGAGAAUUUCCUGAAAACUUAGGGCUAACUGMCCCUCUCAUUUGGGGGGAAACACAUAAAAGGGGACACACUACUUCCAACAGCUUGAUGACUUUCACCUGUAAGGUUAUCUUGUCUUUUUUUCCUUCAGGAUUAGGAGUUUAAACUUGAUCAGGGCUGUAAAAUUUGGCAAGAGCAYAGAAGGUCCUACAAAAGAAGUUGGUUUAUUGAGGUGUGUCCUCGGGACUGGACCAGAGAGGCAGCCCUUCCYUGCACUUUGCUCUUGCUUUGCCAAGCACUCGAUGGGAAGCCUGAGGGUGUCCUGGGUGCUGCCUUUGCUAGGRCACUUCCCAGGUGGGUGCUGAAGAGCUCACAGAGUGCUGCACACCUCGGUGCCUGUGCCUGUGCUGUGCCUGGGGGGCUUUGAGAGCUGGUCCUGUCAAGGAAAGGCACCUUCCUGUGCAAGAGUCAGUACCAGAGCUGAAACCAACCUUGGCAUCACUGACAGGAGUGAGAUGGGAGUCAGGKCCACACUUACUGUGUGAUGAGUCUUGGAGAGUACAGGACUCAGUUUCCCCACUCAGCAGCAAUAUUCUCUAGCAUCCACCAUGAGUGUGUUCUUUUUCAUACCAGGUGCCUCUCACAGCCACAAGGUGAUUAUUUUGACAUAAUUUCUUGCCAUAGAAUGUUGAGGAAAACAAUUCUGCCCUCAAUAACAUGCCCAACAGGAAAGAUAUCUGUUGAGUGGCACGUCACAGAUGCAUCCUGUGUGGCCUCAUUUUAUCAGUUGUCCCACCUGUUAUAUAGCAUCACAAAUUUAUUGGUGAUAUCCUGCAUUUCUGCAACGAAUCUAUUUUUACUGUAAAAUCCACUGCUACGAGGGUUGUGCUUGUAAGAUUAAGAGAUUGAACUCAUUUAUCGGUACUAUUAAAAAGCAUUUCAUUCGGUGUACUCUCACUCUGCAGUUUGACACAUUUCUUCAUGGAUUUUAAAUCCAGUUUUAAAAUCUGGAAUUAUAGGAGGUAGGUUUCCACUGUGUGGAAUGUGAAUAGUUAAACAGAAAGAUAUGGAUAUUUAAUGUUAUUUUUAAUACAAAUUCUCUUUCAUUGAUAAUAGGCAGGGAAUGUUUUUCUUWAAAUUACUUGUUUGAUUUUUAUUUCCAGGGAAAAGGGCCAACUUCAGUCAUUGCUGGAAGUUUUGUACUAGCUUGGGUUUCUAUUCAUGAAAUGAGAACACCUUAAGAAUGAUUGUUUUCUUCAUGUAAAGUUGACAGCAAAAUUCCCCUUUUUUUGAUAGUGACUGUUAUGUCCCUAAACAGCUGUUAAGCAAAGCUUCAAAUAUUACUGACUCCUUUAAGUUUUGGCUAGAUAUCUAAAGGAAAAUUGAUAAAAGUAAUCCAAAUCUUUAUGUUCUAAAACUGCCUGUGCAUAGAUCAUGAUGGAACUCCCCUUGAGGCAGAUUCUCCCCCCCCCAUGUAAAUUUUAUACAAAGAACUUUUAUAAAUUGCUAGUUAUUGCCUGAGAGUAAGAAAGUUCUGCUAACUUACAGUUAUAUGAGAUAUUUAAUAUCAACCACAAUAUGUAUUUAAAUGUCUGCUUUAUUCUAAAAACAAUGGACUGUAUAACCUAAGGCUGCAGUAUUUUCAUGCUCGGUCUCACAAAGCAAAACUUGGUUUAAAAUGAAGUUUUAAUUAUUUUGUAACUGAAUAGAAUUGGAGUUUUUUCUUCCCAGCAUUUUGUACGUCAUUUUAACUACUAGUAACAAAUAAAUAAAAUAUCU